AUGGGAGUCUUCGACAAGAUCCACCUCACCCUCGGGCGCAAGGGCAAUGAGGGUGCUGCCGCUGAGCAGCCCGUAACUGUCACUGCUGCCGUCCACGACAAGGACCACGAGGCCGGUGUCUAUCCUGACGAUGGAAGCACCAGCGAUGCCGUCACUGAGAACGCGCAGCAUGGUGUCCAGACUGUUGAGGCUACCACCCUGGCCUGGAGCAAGAAGGCUCUGGCUGGCGUAUUCGUCUUCAUGUGGUUGAUCUACCUCACCAAUGGCUUCCAGAGCCAGAUCAAUUACACUCUUGUUCCCUACGCCAGCAGUGAGUGGGAGUCUCACUCUCUCAUUCCCGUUAUCCAGGUCGUCGCCAGCUGCAUGACUGCUGCUGUCUACAUUCCCCUGUCCAAGAUUCUCGAUCUCUGGGGUCGUGCCGAGGGUUUCCUGCUCAUGGUCCUUUUCGCUACCAUUGGCAUGAUCAUGAUGGCUGCUAGCCACAACCUCCCUACCUACUGCGCUGCCUACGUCUUCUGGCAGGUUGGCUGGUCCGGUCUCACCUACAGUAUUGACGUUAUCACGGCCGAUUCGACACAGCUCAAGAACCGAGGUCUGGCGUACGCCUUCACCUCUUCACCUUACAUGAUCACUGCUUUCGCCGGUCCCAAGUCCGCCGAGGCCUUCCUCCUGAACGGCGACCAGUGGCGAUGGGGUUUCGGCACCUUCUCUAUUGUCCUCCCUGUUGUGGCCAUCCCUCUGUACGCUCUUUUGAGGUACAACCUCCAGAAGGCCAAGAAGCAGGGCCUCCUGGUCCGCCAGCCUAGCGGCCGAUCUUUCUUGGAGAACAUCAAGUGGGGUCUUAUCGAGUUCGAUGCUGCUGGUUCCUUCUUGUUCGCCGCUGGUCUCGUUAUCUUCCUCCUCCCCUUCUCCAUCGCCAGCAGCGCCCCCAAGGGCUGGAACACACCUUAUAUCAUUGCCAUGAUCAUCCUGGGAGUUGUUCUUCUGGUCAUCUUCGGCGCUUACGAGCGCUACGUUGCCCCCAAGCCCUUCCUCCGCUUUGAGCUCCUCACCAGCCGCACCGUCAUCGGUGUCUGCCUUCUGGACUUCAUCUACAUGAUCGCCUACUACUGCUGGAACAGCUACUUUACCUCGUUCCUCCAGGUCGUCAACGGUCUUUCUCCCUCAAAGGCUGGAUACGUCAGCAACACUUUUGAGAUCGUUUCCGGCGUUCUCCUCUUCAUUGUCGGCUACAGCAUGCACAAGACCGGUCGCUUCAAGUGGCUCCUGUGUGUCGGCAUCCCUCUCUACAUCUUCUCUCAAGGUCUUAUGAUCUACUUCCGUCAGCCUGGACAGUCCAUCGGUUACCUCGUCAUGUGUGAGGUUUUUAUCUCUAUUGCCGGCGCUACCUUCAUCCUCUGCAUGCAAGUCGGUGUCCUCGCUGCCGUCGAGCAUCAGUAUGUUGCUACCGCACUGGCUACGCUGAGCGUCACUGGAAACAUCGGUGGCGCUGUCGGUGGCACCAUCUCUGCCGCUAUCUGGACCAACACCUUUUACGACAAGCUUGCCGAGUAUCUCCCUGAGUCUGCUCUGCCUGACCUUGACACUAUCUACGAGUCUCUUGACUCGCAGCUGUUGUACGAGCCCGGAUCUCCCGAGCGCAUUGCUAUCCAGAGGGCCUAUGGCUACGGUCAGGCUAGAAUGCUUGGUGCCGGAACUGGUAUCAUGGCCAUUGCUCUUGUGUCGCUGUUCUUGAUCAAGAACUACGAUCUCAGGACGAUCAAGCAGACCAAGGGUACCGUCUUUUAA